CCUCCUCUCGGCCACCAUGGGCACGGUGCUGUCCCUCUCUCCGGGCUCCCGGAAGGCCAGCCUCUACGAGGACGGCUCCUCCAGCUCCCUGGCCCACUACCCGGGUGUGCCCAGCGCCAAGGGGGGCAGCAGUGGCGGGCAGAAGGCCGAGAAGCCCCUCAAGAGGCACUCCAUGUUCAUCCCGGCCUUGACGUGGAAGCGGCUGGUGGCCUCCACCAAGAAGAAGGGCUCGCGGGGGCCCGGGGGCAAAGGGCCGGCCAACAACAACAACAACAACUACCAGCAGCAGGCCAAGGAGAUCGCCCACCUCAACCACGAGAACGUCAAGAAGUCCCUCUCCUGCGCCAACCUCGCCAGCUAUGAGGGCAGCGGGCAGCCGCUGGCCCCACUGAGCUCCCAGCGCACCUCGGUGGUCGCCUCGCUCAAGCCAGGCAGUGUGGGGGGAGGCACCUCCGCCUCGUCCCCCCGGCGGGUGAUCGUCCAGGCCUCCACCAGCGAGCUGCUCAAGUGUCUGGGCGUGUUCCUCUGCCGGCGCUGCUACCGGCUCAAGCACCUCUCGCCCACCGAGCCCAUCCUGUGGCUGCGCAGCGUGGACCGCUCGCUGCUGCUGCAGGGCUGGCAGGACCAGGCCUUCGUCACGCCCGUCAACGUGGUCUUCGUCUACCUGCUGUGCCGCGAGGUGAUUGACGGCGACGGGGUGGCCACUGAGCACGAGCUCCAGGCGGCCCUCCUCACCUGCCUCUACCUGUCCUACUCCUACAUGGGCAACGAGAUCUCCUACCCGCUGAAGCCCUUCCUGGUGGAAGCCUCCAAGGACGCCUUCUGGAACCGCUGCCUUCGCAUCAUCAACGCCAUGAGUGCCAAGAUGCUCCAGAUCAACGCCGACCCACACUACUUCACGCAGAUCUUUGCCGACCUCAAGAACGAGGGCAGCGGCAGCCACCACGAGGACUUUGCCCGGGUCUUGGACCGGUGACUGGCAUUCCCGGCGAGGCCUGCAGAGCUGCUCUGCUAAGCCGGGCCCUCCUGCCUGCCACGAUGGGCCCCUGGUGAGCAAAGGGUGCCCAGCUGUUCCUCUUAGGCUAGAGGUCUCCUCCUCCUCCGGAGGCCAGAAGGACUGGCCACUUCCUAGCCCAAACAGACAACUGCCUUGGCUGCAGGGACUCAGACCAUAGUGAUGUGACUCAGUAAAGGUGUUGGGCACUGGGCAUGGGGGGGGGGCGGUGAGGGGACAGGGGCAAAGAGGCCCUCCUCCUUCUGGUGUGUGUUUUGUCGAUGCCCCGAAUCCAGCAGAAAGGAUCCAUCUUUUUGCUGGAUUCAGGGAAAGGAGGAAGUUGGACUUCCCACCUCGUUUCUUAAAAGGCCAGCAGGGGCUGAAGGGGUUUCCUCCGUAUGUUCUCUUCCUGAGACUGCCAAAAAGGCUUUCUGGAAAGAAACAUACAUCAAGGCAAGGGAGGAAAUGUUGAGGAUGGGGUUGGGUCUAAGAGGCAACCACGAAGGGGCACAUGUUCGCAGAGCGCUGGCUUCGGCCUCUGAGCUGAGCGGUUGCGGGGGUGUGUGUGUGACUGUGUGUGUGUAUGGAGGAGCGCUUUGUACCUGAGCCACUGGCAGCCCUGGCUCUUCCACUGUCAGGGCAUCCUGCAAUUAGCAGAUGCUUGUGUGAGGCUCUGGGGUCCUGCUAGCAUUGCUCAGUCAGAUGCCACCCCCAGACUCAGCCCCACAAGCUUUCCUUCUUAGGCUGUGUCACUCAAGCACAGUUGAACUAUGAAGGGUGUGCAAAAGAAUCGCCAUCCAGGGCAUGAGCGGAAGGUGCUGAGAGCAUCUUUGGGUUUGGGUAGUUCUGCCUAGGGCUUGUUUGCGUGCACAACUGAAGUGUUUGGGAAUACAGGUGCCUGAAUGAGGCUGUGAGUGUCACCUUCACAGAGUCUUCUGAUUUCCCUCAGAAUCCCUCAAAGGUUGCAUUUGAGAAGGACCCUCCAAACUCACAUCCAGUUCUGCUUCAGGCAAAAUUUCUGUGGCAACUUUAGGCCAAGACAGUGGUAAAUGCAGCAAGGAUCAACCAGCCAAGGUGUGGCUAGUGUCUUGCCAGUCUGUAGGUGAGUGAGGGCCGCGGAACGGGGCAGCUAGUGUGGAUCGGAUUUGUUCAUCCCACUUCCUGCGAGGGAGAUCCAUUUGGUAGAAAGAUUCCUCUGGUGGGCCCCAUUCAUCCUCUUUCAACCCCAAAUUGUGGUGCCCUUGAAGAUGUUCCCUUGUGACUCCCUCCCUGUGCCUCUUUUUCAUGUUGUGUGCUGGUUAUCUUUUGCUUCCAUGGAGUAUUUUCCAUUGUGUUCCAGUGGCCAAAUCCCAAAGAGGGCAAUGUCUGAAGCCUGGCUGGCUGCAGGGGACAGUGUGGGAUCCUGGCCUCCUUGAUCUGGAUCCAUUUCAGCCACAGGGAAAUGUGACAACCGUGGGAUCAGACCCUGCCUUGAGCUCACCAGUAGCUAGUGUGGUGGUGACCAUGGGUCCGCGCCUCGCCAAAUUCAGGGAAAGGAGGGAAACAAGGGAUGCUAAUAGGUGGGUGGGUGGACGAAAGGAGUCAGGGAUCUGUGCCUUGACAAGGUUACAUGUACAGCCACUUUGCAUGACUGUGGGGAAGUGUGAUGGUACCCCCUCUGCACAUCACGGCCUCUAGAUUUCCGUCCCCAUCCUCAGGGCUGGCCCAGCCACACGAGAACUCCACCAAAUGUUAGGCCCAGGCGGCGGCAGCAUUGCCUGGCAUGCCAAAGAAGCAGUAUGGGUCCCAGCCAUCUUUGUAGUGCCACAGAAGGGUGUUCCCAACCUUGCGUCCCCAGAUGUUGUGGGCCUGCAACUCCCAUAAGCACCCGGUGGAAGGAGAACUGAGGCGGGAACUGCUGCCAGAGAGAAUGCACAUGCGCAGCUAUCAGGUAGCACACAGUACAACUGGAGAGUUGUGCGCCAGCAGCCAUCCCCUGCAACAGUGCAAAGGAGCUGGGGUGGAUUUGGGGGGUUGUGCAGAGCAGACACCCUGCUGCCCAUGGCAAUCCCACCCACCCCCUGGAAACAUGGAGCCAAUCAAUUGUUCCAAAUGGCCGGUGGCAGGGAGCGGGUGGUCAAAGGUGGGCAAUGUCUAAAAAAAUGAUGGAUUUUAUCACAACAGCAUUUGGAGUUAGAAUUCCAGAUUAUCUGGGCACGUUACAUGCCUGUGUCAGUUUUAGACUCAUUAUGCUGUCAUUCAUUGGCUGGGGAUCUUUGUACCAGCAUGGCGAAUAUAUAUGACAAGGAGGCAAAGAAGCUGGGAUGUUCUCUUCUGGUGUAAAAAUAGGGAGGCUGCACCAACUCCUAGUCAAUUGCAACUGAUUACCCUUGUCCAUCUUCACCCCCACCCCACCCCUGCCCAGUUAAUCCUGGGAAUUGUAGUUCUGUGAUGGGGGCAGGCCUCUAUCAGAGGAGUCUCCGCAUCUUCAGACUCCUACAAUUCCCAGAGGCCUGUGGGGAAAACACCACCAGAUGAAAACCAUUUUAAGAAAGCCUCUCCCUUCCUCCUUUUAUAUGCAAAUGCAGACACACACAGAGAGAAACGCUUAUGCCUGAAUUGGUUAUAUAGGGGUGACUGGAGAGAAAAACAAACCACCUUCUUUAAAAUAAAUAUAUAUCUUUCAAAUUUCCAUGGUAACUGUCAAAAAUGGAAUAUUACAGCCGAAUCAUCAGCAGCAGUGUGUGUCUCUCUGUGUGUGUGUGUGUGCGUUAGAAUCUAGAUUUUUAAACGGUUUGCUUUAACGCCUUCUCCAUCCUGGCUUUUUCAUGGUAUGAAAUAUUAUGCUAAAAGAUCUCUUGCUGCCCCAGGAAACUUUUAAAAAGAAAGCAAGCAAACGUUCAGAUAUUUCUUUCACAAUUAACAUAACAAAAAGAGAGAAAGAAAUCAGAUGUUCUUGAACCACUCAGUUCUGUGCAUAUUUACUCGGAAGCAAGUCCCACUGUAUUCAGGGGGCCUUACUCACAGGCAAGCAUGCGGAGGACUGCAACCCAAAUAACCUGCUUAAGUAGAUCAGCACAACCAGGGGCAGAUAAAUCUUUUUGCCACCCAUAGGCAAAAAGGCUUUUGCUGCCCUUUUAUCUUAAACAAAAAAGGUUUGUCCUUUUUUAAUAAGCUAAAGCGGGGCUUUUCCCCUGCCCCCCCCCUUGCUGCAGCUGCCACUGCCCACAGAGAGAGGUGGCAAAAUUUGAGGAGGGGCAAAAUUUGCUGCCCCUCAAAUUUUGCCGCCGUAGGCAAAUGCCUCCUCGGCCUCUCCGUUCAUCCACCUCUGAGCACAACAUGGUGUGAGAGAGACUGGGGCUCAAACCCUAGACCUUCAGGAUCUAGUAAGAAGUGGGGGCUGCAUUGAUGAGCUGUGUGUGUGUUUUGGUCUCAGCGCCCUCUUCAGGCACACAAGGGAAUAGGGGUUUGCAACAUCCACCUUGUGAUUGGUUGGCAGUAUAAAGCUUCUGGAUUGGUCAGGCUUUGUAUAAAUCCUGGGAGCCUCUGACCAGUUGCCUUUGCCUGGUCAACAGGACUGUGUUCCGCUGACUGUGCUGAAGGCUCCAACUAAUUCAGAAAGAUAUAUUGAACCUCUCCAGAUCUAAACCCGUUUGUCUUAGUGUGUACUGGGGGUUAAUUAAAUUGAAAAAUGAAAUUUAAAAGGAAGUGUGUAGACGCGAGGAGGGUGUGAGCUGAAGAUUCAGACCCACAGAUCUGCCCUGCAGCUGUGCCACCCCUUUUCCUACACCCCAGUUCAGGCUGUUGAUCAUGCUGGCUCUCUAGAACCUCCAUGUUCAGGAGCGGUCUACCUCAGAGGACCUCAUGCUGGAGACAAACAAAGGGGACUGUUGCCCUCAGGUUCUGCUUAGAGGCUUCGGCCCCUGUGGGAAGCAGAAUGCUGGACUAGAUGGACCUCUGGGGUGCCAUGGCCUCUUCGCUUCAGUCUCAGCAGGCCUCCGAGUCACCUGGGGUCAGAUAGUGCUUAGGCAGCUGGCCUAGCAAUACCCACCAUCAGCACUGCUAUUGGCUGCAAUGGUCAAUAGCUCCUGGCUGGGAAGAGGGAAGCAUUGGCUACCAUUGCAUAGUCCCUGGGCUAUGAAGUAGCUGGAUCCCUGUUGCACCCGGGUGCUGUUUCCCCAACCAGGCUCAGAAGGGCUUCUCUGUUUGUGCAGCAUGGGUGUACAUUAGCUUUACGAAUCCCCGGGUAAGGGCCGUCAGUCUGUUAUGACUCAGUUUCCCCACCAGUCUUAUUUCCAUAAGCCUACUGGAAAUGCUUGACCGUAAUUCCCACACGAUGGAUUUGCCUUAGACCAGGAGUUCCCAAGACUGGGUCCCCAGAUAUCACUGAACUAUACCUUCUACCAUCCACAACCACAUUGGCCUUGGGUUAGCGUAUGGCCGUGGAUGAUGGGAGUCGUAAUCCAAGGACAUCUAAGGACCCAUGCUUGGGAGCCCUGGCCUGAGACCAUUGGUCCUCCAGUGGCUCUGGUAUCAGCUCCCCAGGUCUCAGGGAGAGGCCCUCCCCUUCCCUCUUGCUCGAACCCUUAUAAAUGGGGAUGCCAGGAAUUGAAACGAGGGCCUUGCCCAUGCAAAACGGGCAGACUGCUGCCACCACAUUCUCUGUACAAGCUAGAAGCAUUUAGAUGCUGGAUACAGAAAGUCACUUUACAGAGGCACCCACGUGCUGUAUUAUUAGUGUAUGCAUAUAUUUUUAUACAUAAGAGUAUUGGUAUCUGUAAAAUGGGUUUCAGGCAAUGACUUCUUUUUAUAAAAGAUCGAAACCCGGCAACUAGAAACUCAUCUACAUAGUGGCUUCUUGGUCCUCAUGAUCUAGAGCCGGAAAAGAAGAAGUGGCAGAAGCAGGACUCUCGUUCCUCCGGAUAGCCCUGCAAGGAGCUUUGGAAGCGACCUAGUCAAACUGCACAGCCAGGGCUGUGUGUAUUUCAAGACUGCACCACCCAAGCCCAGAAGGUGGUCCACCUGAGUACCAAAUUCAUCAUCCUGAGAACCACAGUGGUUUGGUUUUUUUAAGCAAGUUGCUAGUCCUUAUAGCUUUGGAGAUAGGCUGGAAGCUAUGUGAGCCAAUCUGUGUGAGUUGUCCUAAUCUGCAUAAAUUAUAUAAGUCACAGAAUUUAGAUGAAUUUUUUUUUGGGGGGGGGUUAUCUGAGCUACCCUGGCACAGAACUGUGAGGUCUUUGUCUUAAUUAGGAAUACAUAGAGCCCUGUGCAUGGCCCAGCAGGGGGUUAAGUGGUGGCAGGGGGACCAGCUGGGAAUCUGGUCCACUGAAGCCUUGUUCUCCAUCCUCCAAAGGAGAGCCAUCCAGAUGAGUCUGGAAAAACUACACACGCACACACAAUGGAAGAGACUUCCUGGACCUCUGGGAGAUUUCUGUCCUACCCAACUGCUGCUAAACCAGCAUUUUCUCCUUGAUGGGAAUGCUGAUGUGUACAUAACGGUGUAAAUAGGUUUCUUACAGGGAAUGUGGAUAUUGUGCAUGUCAAGAAAAAAAAUCUAUUUAAUUUCUCUCUCCCUCUCCUUCUCCCCCCUCCCUCAAUUCAUGUAGUUCCUUUUUCUCAACUGUUUGCUUUGCAAUUUUAAAAUGUUCUGGAGCAGGGAACACUUGAGCAUAUUCGGCUCUCCAAAAUACACUGGAUUUCCCCCUCUGGCAUGGGACAAGACAGCGUGAUUGGAAGCGAUCUGUUUCCCGGGGGAAUGGACUGAACUCUUAUUUUGAAUAAUACCUGGCACUUUUGUUCUUCUUUGGGUCUAUUUAUUUCUUCAGUUGGGUUUUCCCAGCAACUUCCUCUCCAGUAGGAACUGAGGAACAGUAGACGGCUGAGGAACAAUCAGUCAGUAGAAUCUCUGCCCCUCAUGGACCCUGGGCAAAGGGACACUCCUGACACCUGGCGUGCCUACCAAGGCCAGUAGACUGGACUGCAAAUCAUGGCCUGCCAGUGCUAUGGAGGCACUUAGCUGGGGGGGUGGGGGGGUGGCUUUGCUGCCCAGGGGGGCUUGGACCUGUGCUGAACGAGAAAUCCAAAAGGUCAUUACAAUUUUUAAAAGGGGGACUCUCCCCCUCUUCGGGGUGUAUAUGUUUGAAAUCUGUUUGUAUAAUAUUUACUAUCGGAGA